AUGACCGCCCCCAUGUGGUUUAUAUUGGUGGAGUGUCCUGCCCUAUCUAACCAUAUCGACCUUUUCUCUGUCAAUGUCAGAAAUUUUUUGAACAGCCACCUAAACACUGCCACACCACAGCUUGCUGCCCUCUAUGUGCCCAACCUGGUAAUGACCAUUUUAAUUACUCUGCUCAGUUACACAAGUGUGCCAACUGAGUUGGCUGCCAUAAUGGUGAUGAUGAGCUUCUUCUGUGACAGUAUGCCUUUGGCCCCACUUACAAGCAAGGAAAUAUUAGGCAGUGGAGUCAGCGUCAAAGAAGAGUUCAACGAAGAUGUCACCGAAGAAAUUAAGGAGGAGCCACUUGAAUAUGAAUAUGAAGUGAUAAACAAAGUGUGUAAUGUGAAUGUGAUACAUGAAAGUCAUUUAUUUCAUGAUCUUCAUGAUCUAAGACAUGAGGCAAAUGCAAAAGUCUCAUGUAACUUGGUUCAGGAUUGUAAAGACAUGUCAAAAGUGCUGCUUGGGGCUAAGGACUGUGGAAAAACAUAUUCAUCAGAUAGGGUUCAAGUGAUGUACAAGGAAAGAAUGUAUACACAAGUAAAAGUGGAAUCCACAAGGAAAUGUUUUGCAUGUGAGGUGUGUGGCAAGGAAUUGUCUCUAAAGAGUCACGUCAGCAUUCACAUGAGAGUACACACAAAGGAGAAGCCAUUCCCAUCCAAAAGCGACCUAGUAAAACACGUUGACAUACAUACAAAGGAGAAUCCAUACAACUGUGAGAUUUGCAACAAGACCUUUCCAUAUCAAUCUAGUUUUUUGAGCCAUAUGAUCAUGCACACAGAGGAGAAACCAUACAGCUGUGAACUUUGCAACACAGCCAUCUCUCGGAAACAUAAUCUGGUGAAGCACAUGAAAAGGCAUACAAAGAAGAUGUCAUAUAGCUGUGAGACUUGCAAUAAGACCUUUUCUGAGAGAGAUCAUCUCGUAACUCACAGGAGAAUACAUACAAAUGAGAAUCCAUACAACUGUGAGAUUUGCAACAAGGGCUUCCCAUAUAAAUCUAGUAUUUUGAGCCAUAUGAUCAUGCAUACAGAGGAGAAACCAUACAGCUGUGAAAUUUGUGACAAAACCUUUUCACGGAAAAGUAGUCUGGUGAGACACAUGAGAGUUCAUACAAAGAAGAAGUUGUAUCACUGUGAAAUUUGCAAGAAGACCUUCCCUGAGAGAAGUCAGCUUGCAACGCACAUUAGCAUACACAGAAAGGAGAAAUCAUACAACUGUGAGAUUUGCAACAGUGCCUUCUCAUGGAAACAAAAUCUGAUGAAGCACAUGAGAGUACAUACAGAGGAGAAACCAUACAGCUGUGUUAUUUGCAAUAUGGUCUUUUUAAAGAGAGGCCUUCUCAUUACGCAUAUGCGAGUACAUAGAAAGGGAAAACUUAUACAGCUGUGA